CGCGCGCUCCCGGGUCUGGAGAGCUUCCGGGCAGUGGCUGAGGACGAGGAGCAGAUUCUGAGGCCUGGGGUGGGGCAGGACGUACAUCCAGUCAGAAGCCCCCAGAAAGGAGGACCCAGGCGAGGUCGCCAUGGAGACUGGGACAAUGGACAGAGACUCUGCCCUCCUCCGAGAGAUGAGCAGAGGUCAGCUUGAGGAAGGAGUGACCUCUGGGCUCCCAGCAGCACCCGGCUCCCUGCCAUCGCUGACCUUCCAGGAUGUGGCUGUGGCCUUCAGCCAGGAGGAGUGGAGACGCCUGAACCCCGCUCAGAAGAGCCUGUACCGGGAGGUCAUGCUGGAGAACUAUUGGCACCUGGUCUUCCUGGGGCUUCCGGUUUCCAAACCAGAGCUGAUCUCCCAGCUGGAGUGUGGGGGAGGCCCAUGGAUGCCGUUGGAGGAAGAACCAAGAAACCCCCAUGCAGACCAAAAUAGUAGUCCGAAGACAAAGAAGACAGUUCUAAAGCAAGGCAUUUUGGUGGGAAAAUCAUCUCAGGAAAGACUCUCAAGAGAUCAUCGCAAGGAUUUUAAGUUUGGAGAAGUUGGCAAUUAUGGCCAGAGGUUUAACAGGCAUCAGGACAACUGGAAGAGAGACUUAAGGCAAGGAAAGAUUUCUAAGAAGUCAAGAGAGCGUGAAUGUUUAUUUAGGAAAAAUUUCCAUCAAAGAUCAGUCCUUGAAAUACAAAGGAAUGUUCCUUCAGAACAGAGUCUCCCUAAAUAUGAUACACAUGGAAAUAGCUUUAAAUUGUCUUCAAACCUGAAUAAUUAUAAUGGAAUCUCCUCAGGAAGGAAACCUCAUAUGAUUAAUGCUUGCAGCAAGGCCUUCAGUUACCAUUCAGACCUUAUUCAAUAUCACAGGGUAGCCACUAGAGAAAAACCCUAUACAUUUGAUGAAUUUGGCAAAGCCUUUCAGCAGAGGCGACACCUUACUCGACAUCACAGAAUUCGACCUGGAGAUAAACCAUAUACAUGUACAGAAUGUGGAAAAACCUUCAGUCGUAUUCCCUACCUUAUGCUGCAUCAGAGAAUUCAUACUGGAGAGAAGCCCUAUAAAUGUAAGGUAUGUGAAAAAGCCUUUUGCCAAAGAGGACAUCUCACUGAACAUCAGAGAAUUCAUACUGGAGAGAAGCCCUAUAAAUGUAACAUAUGUGAAAAAGCAUUCACUCAGAGUGGACAUCUUACUGAACAUCAAAAAAUUCAUAAUGGAGAAAAACCCUACAAAUGUAGUGAAUGUGGAAAAACCUUUAGCAAUAAAUCAUCCCUUAUUCUACAUCGCAGAUUUCAUACUGGAGAGAAACCAUAUAAAUGUUAUGAAUGUGGGAAAGGUUUCACCAACAGCUCAGUCCUUAUUGUACACCAAAGAAUUCACACUGGAACCAAACCAUAUAAAUGUCAUGAUUGUGGGAAGGCCUUCCUUCAGUACAUAGGACUUGUGGUACAUCAGAGAAUUCAUACUGGAGAGAAACCUUAUAAAUGUCACAUAUGUGAAAAAGCCUUCAGCCAAAGUGGGCAUCUCAGUGAGCAUCAUAAAAGUCACAAUGGAGAAAAACCCUAUGAGUGUAAUGAGUGUGGAAGAGCCUUCAGCAAUACCUCAUCCCUUAUUCUGCAUCACAGAAUUCAUACUGGAGAGAAACCUUACAAAUGUAAUGACUGCGGGAAAGCUUUUAGUAACAGCUCAGUUCUUACUGUACAUCAAAGAAUUCAUACAGGAUCAAAACCCUAUAAAUGUCUUGAAUGUGGGAAGGCCUUUCUCCAGUGUAUAGGUCUUAUUGUACAUCGGAGAACUCAUACUGGAGAGAAACCUUAUAAAUGUAACGUAUGUAAAAAAGCCUUCAGUCAAAGGGGACACCUUACUCAACAUCUGAAAAUUCAUAAUGGAGAGAAGCCGUACAAAUGCAGUGAGUGUGGAAAAGCUUUCACCCAGAGAGGACAUCUUACUGAACAUCGGAGAACCCACAGUGGGGAGAAACCGUUUAUGUGUAAUGAAUGUGGUAAAGCUUUUAGCAACCACUCACACCUCACUCUCCAUCACAGAAUUCAUACUGGAGAGAAGCCCUAUAAAUGUAGUGAGUGUGGGAAAGCUUUCAGUCAAAGGGGUCACCUCACUGAACACCAAAGAAUUCAUACUGGGGAGAAGCCUUACAAAUGUAACGAAUGCAGUAAAGCCUUCAGCAGCCGUUCACGGCUUACACUACAUCAUAGAAUUCAUACUACAGAGAAGCCCCAUAAACGUCGUGAACGUAAAAAAGCUAUCCCCCAUGGUGUAGACCUUCCUCAAUGUCAGAGAAUUAAAACUGGGGGGAAAUGUUAUAAAUGUACUGAAUGUAGCAAAGCAUUCCGAAGUAGCUCUUCCCUAGCUCUUCAUCAGAGAAUUCAUAGUGGAGAAAAACCCUAUGCAUGUAGUGAGUGUGGAAAAGCAUUUAGUCGGAGAAUAUACCUUACUAAACACCAGAGACUUCAUAAUGGAGUGAAAACUUGUAAAUGUAGUGCAUGUGGUAAGAGUAGUACUCAGUGUACUUGUCUUAUUCAACAUCAGACAAUUCAUUCUAGAGAGGCACCUUCAACGUCUAGUGAUUAUUCAGAAGCCUUCAGUAAUAGCUCAUCUCAUAUUCCACAUCCCAGAAGUCAUAGUAGAAAGAAAUCCUAUGAAUGUUAUGAAUGUGGGAAGCCUUUCAGCAGUCGUGCAGGCCUUAUUGUACAUCUGAGAAUUCAUACAGGAGAGAAACCCUACAAAUGUAACACAUGUGAAAAAGCCUUCAGCCAGAGAGGGCAUCUUACUGAACAUCAAAAAAUUCAUAAUGGAGAGAAACCCUAUAAAUGUAGUGAAUGUGGAAAAGCCUUCAGCCGGAGAAUGUACCUUACUCAGCAUCAGAGAAUUCACACUGGAGUUAAACCUUAUAUAUGUAACAUAUGUGGUAAAGCCUUCACCCAAUCUUCAGGCCUUACACAACAUCAGAUAAUUCAUUCUAGAGAGAAACUCUACAAGUGUAGUGAAUGUGGAAAAGCCUUCAGUAACAGCUCAUCACUUAACCUACAUCAGCAAAUACAUGUGGAAGAGAAACCCUAUAAAUGUAAUGACUGUGGAAAAAUUUUCAGUGAUCAGUCAUCUCUUAAUCUACAUCAGAGAACUCAUACUGAAGAGAAACCCUAUAUAUGUAAUGAAUGUGGAAAAAUCUUUAGCAACAAUUCAUCCCUUGGUCUACAUCAGAAAAUUCAUACUGUGGACAAGCCCUAUAAAUGUAAUGAAUGUGGGAAAGCCUUUAGGCAGCAGGGAGGUCUUGCUCAGCAUCAAAAAAUUCAUAAUGGAGAGAAACCGUAUAAAUGUAAUGAAUGUGGGAAAGCCUUCAUUUAUAGUAUGCAACUCACUCGACACAUGAGAACUCAUACUGGGGAGAAGCCCUAUAAAUGUAGUGAAUGUUCCAAAGCUUUCAGUGAAAGCUCAUCCCUUAUUAUACAUCAGAGAAUUCAUUCUGGAGAAAAGCCAUAUAGAUGUAAUGGAUGUGGGAAAGUCUUCAGUGCACAGGGAAGCCUUACAAAUCAUCAGAGAAUUCAUACUGGAGAGAAACCAUAUAACUGCAAUGAAUGUGGGAAAUCUUUCAGCUCCAGCUCAUCACUUGCGAGACAUAAAAGAACUCACACUGGGGAGAAGCCCCAUAGAUGUCUUGAAUGUGGAAAAGCCUUCACUCACAGGUCAUCUUUUACUGUACAUCAGAGAAUUCAUACUGGAGAGAAACCCUACAAAUGUAGUGAGUGUGGAAAGGCUUUCAAUGAGGGAAGAGGGCUUCUUCAACAUCAGAGAAUUCACACUGAAAAGAAACUCUAGAAGUUCAGUGCUUAUGGGAUAACCUUCCCCUAAUGGGAAAACUAUUUAGCAUCCAAAAAUUCGUGCUUAACAGAAAUAUUACAAAUAAGAUGCAUGUGGAAAGGCCAUGUGGAUUAAUUCAGGCAUCAGAGACUUCACAAAAGAGGUGAACUCUCGGUAUUAAUACCAAGAAGCUUAAGACUUGUUAACUUAUAUAUCUGAGAAUCGUGAUAACUAAUUUUUCAUUUGGAAGUUGAGAGGAAGAAAAGGUUUUCCCAGACAUUUGCCUCUUCUCUACAACACACCUGGGAGCAUUACACUUCCAUAAGUCCAAAUAAGAGGUUCACAGGUGUGAGACCUAGCGGCUCUUAGGCUCUGAGCUUUCUUGGACAGGAAAAAAGGAAUCUGUUCCUUAAAAUAUUUUAGAGAGGGAACAGAGGAAAUAGAAAGGUGCUGAUAACCAGAAUUUCCACUGAGAUAUUUAUAAGCAGCUCUAUUAAUUGUGAGCACCCCUUCACAUAGUUUUUAUUGAUGUGUAUCUGACAGUUCUCAAUGGUCCAUCCUCAUGAGACCCGAUUGAUAGCUUGUUCAUUGGAAUCUAAAAGAAGAUUGGGUGUGUGUGGAUGUGAAUCUUAUAAUUUGGGGGUAUGUAGACGUAGGCUGGUGGGAAGUUGUUCCAGAAAAACAGAAACUGAUUCACCCGAAGGUCAUCGGUGUUUGUCCACCUCUUCAUGGAAAUGUGGGAUCUGGCAGUUAUUUAACAGUGACUAUGGAGAGGAAACCAAUGAGACAGAAACAGUCAUUCUGGGUUCCUGGGGCAUUCUCCAUCUCAAAGUUUUCGGUGUCCUUGUGCAUAGUUCUCCACAGAAUCCUUCCCUGCUCUAGGCUUUCAAAUUACAUCACAUCUCCCAGUCCCAUUUCUUCUCUGCAUCUUAGAAUGCAUCUGCAUUCCUAAUUAGGGUAACUGAAAUUGGGACAUGCCUCAUAUCUCUCCGGGCAAUGUGAGUCAGUUGGGCUGAAGGAAUCUGUCAUUGGUGAUGUUUUGGGUUCCACCUUAGAUUUCAGGCUUUCAGGGGAGAUCUUUUGAGUUAAUAGUUCUUAUUUUAAGUUGUAAUACCACCUAUGUAGAAGGGCAGCCUGAGUAUCGAACAGCAGUGGAGAAGGGUAAUGCGCUUUCCUCAGGGCCCUUCAGGGACACUGCAUGAGACAGCUGUAAAGAGGAGAGUUAUGGGGGCAGCUGGGUGACACAGUGGAUAGAGCACCAGCCCUGGAGUCAGGAGGACCUGAGUUCAAAUCCGGCCU